GUACUCGAUGUAUAGUUAAAAAAUGGGAGGGCACACUUGAACCGAGCUGCUCUAUGAAGGUAGGCUGCAGCGUGUGUUUAUUGAUGAGAUGAAAAGAAGAUGGAAGUGAGAAAUGAAACAAAGUAAAGGAACAUAUUAAAAAAAAACUAUACGCGCUUCGUCGGGGGAAAACAGGGGGAGCCGUGGAAACGCUGUCGCCACUUUUUGAACGAGCUUCGAAGUGCAGAGCAACACAUGAUUUGGACAGAGAGGACUGACAGCCUUGCCUAGCACCCGGCCUCUGAUCAGCCAUCUCCACCAGCAAACUGAAGCUUGACCCGCACUUCAUCACCAGCCACACAAGCAUCUUCGGAACAAAACGUCAUCUAACUGUGACAUCAGUUGCAAGGGGAUGACCGAGCGCAUUCAUAACAUCAAUCUCCACAACUUCAGCAAUUCUGUACUUGAGACCCUCAAUGAGCAGCGCAACCGUGGGCACUUCUGUGACGUGACUGUUCGGAUCCAUGGAAGUAUGCUGCGAGCUCACCGGUGCGUGCUGGCUGCUGGAAGCCCCUUCUUUCAGGACAAGCUGCUCUUGGGCUACAGCGACAUUGAGAUCCCUUCUGUGGUCUCAGUGCAGUCCAUCCAAAAGCUGAUUGACUUUAUGUACAGUGGGAUUCUGCGGGUAUCUCAGUCCGAGGCCCUGCAGAUCCUCACUGCCGCCAGCAUCCUACAGAUCAAGACCGUCAUUGAUGAGUGUACACGCAUCGUGUCCCAGAAUGUUGGCUUGGCUGGGCCGGGGGGGUUCCCUGUUAUACCAGGAGACUCUGGUCAGGAAACUCCCCGUGGCACACCAGAGUCUGGCACCUCUGGGCCCAGCAGCGACGCAGAGUCAGGUUAUAUGCAAGCAACAUCACAAAGCAUGGACCGUGCAUACACAUCACUGUACUCCUACCCCGGCCUCACUCUGCAGAAUGGCACCCGCGAGCGCCCCCUGUACAUUAACCCUAUGUCAACAAAUUACGAUCCGACUCUCAGCACUCAGAAGGACCAGCAAUCUCAAGAUCCGCCCUGGAUGAACCGCAUCCAGGAGAGAUCUCAGCAGGUCGACCGCUUCAUCUCGACGGCGGAGUCCACUCACUGCCGCAAGCAACCCCGACCGGUACGCAUACAAACAGGAGGGAUGCACAUAAAGCAGGAGGCCGAAGAUGAGUACAGCUGCUACGAUAAUUUGGGGGACUGCCAAGACGACACUGACCAUACUGAGGGUGUGGAGGGUGAAUCCAAGGUUGAAAGUUUUGACUCAGGGGUGAGCUCCUCCAUCAGUACUGAGCCAGAUGCUAUGGAGCAGCAGCCGUACCUGACGGGCUUUGGCCGAGACGGGGGCGGGGACAGUCAGCAAGGUGAUGGAGGUCCAGUGCAGAUAGAGGUCAAUGACUCAUCCCCGGAGCAGUUGCAAGAAACGGAGGAAGGAGACACAUCCCACAGCACUAGUGACAGUAGCAUGAUGCAGCCCCUGCCAAACUCAGUCAUGUCCCAGUCCCUGCCAAGUGCCCAGCACUACAUGCGGCCGGCAGAAUCACACACCAGCAAUCUGAGGAUGCCGCUCACAGUGACCAGCAAUUCCCAAGUGAUGGGCACUGCUGGAAGCACCUUCCUGCCCACACUCUUUCCUACACAGCCGGCUAGAGACAAGCCUGUAUUUUACCUUCCUGGCCAGCAGCAACCCCAGUUUGUGGCAGUGCCGCCCCCUGCAAUGCCAUCAUUCCCGAACCCCAUGUCGGUACAGCAAGCGCCAGCUCAGCAGCAACAGGCUGUCGGAGGAAUCGGUUCGGGAGAAAAGAAGCCCUAUGAAUGCACUCUCUGCAGUAAAACCUUUACUGCUAAACAGAACUACGUCAAACACAUGUUUGUCCAUACUGGUGAGAAGCCUCAUCAGUGCAGCAUCUGCUGGCGCUCGUUCUCCCUGAAGGAUUACUUAAUCAAACACAUGGUGACACACACAGGGGUGCGGGCCUACCAGUGCAGCAUCUGCAACAAGCGCUUCACCCAGAAGAGCUCUCUCAAUGUCCACAUGCGGCUGCACCGUGGAGAGAAGUCCUAUGAGUGCUACAUCUGCAAGAAAAAGUUCUCACACAAGACCCUGCUGGAGAGGCACAUGGCCCUGCACAGCACAGGCAGCGCCAUCACAGGGCUGUCGGGGAGCGCAGGCACCCCGGGCCCAGUCUCCAUUCCCAUGCCUAUGGCUGUCCCUGAGCCUGGAGCUGGAGUGGUGGCCCUCGCCAUGCCAGUGAGCGGAGGUGCUGGAGUAGGGGCUGGGGUUGGAACAGGAGUGGGUGUAGCUGCAGAAGCGAGCUGCCAAGAAGGGACCACCUACGUGUGCUCCGUCUGCCCUGCCAAGUUCGACCAAAUGGAGCACUUCAAUGACCACAUGCGAAUGCAUGUCUCCGAUGGAUAAGUACUAAUAGAUAAACUUCUUUCAAAAAGAAUGACAAAUAAAAUGGCACUAGAUUUUCCUUUUCUUAUUUUGAGGUAUGAAGAGUAAUGAGUAUAGACACUGGCACAUUAAGUUUCCCAAAUUUUUUUUUUUUUUUUUUUUCUGUUAUUCUAAAAGAAAAAAAAGAUGGUGGCCUUAAGGCUUAGUAGUUUGAUAUUGAUCUACUGGAUGGAUCCUAACUACAGGCCUCUAAAUGUAUGCUUUCCUAAAAUACUGAUUUAUGUGUUGAACACUACCGAAAGGCCUACGAAAGAAACACAUACACACAAACACACCUUUAGUGUAGACAUGUCUGAAUGAAUAUACAUGUGCAUAUAUGAGUGUCGGUGUAUUUGCAUGUGUCUGUCUGUUUGUCCGAGCGUGUGUGUGUGUGUGUGUGUGUGUGUCUGUGCGUGCGUGCGUGCACACGUGUGUGUGUGUGUGUGUGUGUGUGUGUGUGUGUGUGCGUGUGUGUGUGUGUGUGUGUGUGUGUGUGUGUGUGUACAAUGCCGUGAAACAUAAAUCAUGGCAGUUGUGAACCCAUACUGACCAGUUUGGAAACUAUAGAUGUCCAAGCUUACUGUGGUAUAAUUUACAACAACAAUAACAAAAAAAUCGUCUGGGGUUGGGCUACAUAUUCCCUUCUAAAAAUACUGAUGGUCACAAGAUUGCCUUCUUAUGUAAAAUAAAAAAAACGGAGAGUAGUUAAUUUGACACUGGGUUUUAUUUAUUCCUAUGGUAUUAAGGGAUUAUAAUGCAGCUGUUGUCAAGGUACCAAUUUCAAUCAUUUUACUGAAAUGUAACUUCCUGUCGGUUGCGACAGGGAUGUAUAUUUCUCACUACUAUGUUUUGUAAUUGUUGUCCAUGCAUUUUGAUGGUUAAGAUUACGUUUACUAAAUUAGGGUGUGUUGAUGAGACAGUAUUUGAGCAAAAAUAUGUUUCUUUUUUUCUGAAGUUUGGAGUUUAACUCAUUUGCAUACACUGCCACUAAUAUCCUAAAAGACUGUUAAGGCUAGUAGACCUCUUCCAUUUCAAAACAUGAGAAAAAAAGAAAGAUUCUUUUGCUGAUGUUUUUUUUUGUUCUUAGCCUUUCACAUUCACAGUUAUGGCAGGCUGGCAUAUGCGACUAAACUCUCUCCUUCAUAAUUGCUGCUCUUCAACUUGCACCUGACUGUUAUGGGAUGUAGAUUCAAAUUGUCACUUUAACUAUUAUUACUGAGUAGCCGACAUGGUUGUAAUUUGAUAAUCGAAUUAUAAUAAUGGGGGGGUUUAGGCUUGUUGUUGAUUGGAACAGUGUUAAAGAGGGAGGGAUUUAAUUUCAAUCAAAUUUGAAUGGGAAAUAAAUGCCAUCCUGAUCCUAGAACCCCCGUAUUACCUGUUCAUUACUAUUGCAAAGCUAUUUCAGCAAGUGGGAGCUGAACGCAUCACUCUUUGUGUGUUGGCUCUCCCUGAAGGCUCAAAUGGCAUGCAACGUUCUGAAAGGAAAUACAGUCCCAAAGCAAAACAAGUAGCUCCAUUAAAAUCACACUGUUUCCUGAUAUAUACCACAAGUUGCAGAUGGACUUUCUAGACAAUAGUAUACAUUCCUGAUUUUUCUUAAAAAAAAAACAAAAAACCUAGACACAGCAUGUACAGAUUAGAUUUGGAAGCUAGUGUGCGCAAGUUGUCAUCCAUGCAUCACAUCACGUAAGGCUCAUUUAUGAUAUUUGAAUUGUUUUGUAUUGCUUUUAAUCGAAAUAGGACACACACACACACACACACACACACACACACACACACACACACAUGCAACUGCCUGCAACUGCAAUCUGAAGGAUUUGCUCAUUUAUAUGAGCAAACACUUUCGUAGUUGUAUUGUUAAAAGAAUAACUAACUGCAUACAGCGGUCUUGAAAAGACCUGCUGUGGAUUCAAGGAAAAAAAACAACAAAGUGCUACUUUGCACAUUUUCUUAAAAUGCCUGUGCUUAAUAUUUAAUCAUUUUUCCUUAAAUGAACUUCUAUGAUUUUCUUUUAUUCAAUUUCAAAGAAGUAAAAAACAUUUUUUUAAAUCUUGAUAAGUGGACUGCAUUAUUUUCUUGCAUAUAUGUUGCACUGCUUAAACCAAUAAGUGCACUACUGUUAACAGAGAUAUUAUAGUUUUAGAAAAGAGGAUUUUUUUUUUUAAAUCUAACAUUUGGUUGUAGAGUUCACAUGUAAUAGAAUAGCUUUGUUUCAAUUUAUUCAUUAAGUAAUUCAGCGGUUCUUGGCUUUUGUUAUCGCUUGCAGUUACCUACAGUAUAUCCUCGUGCCGUGUUAAUGCAAGCAUUCAUUUUUUUUUUUUUUUUAUUUAAAUAUGUACCAUUACGUGUGCUCAUCUAUGUUUUAACCUUUGAAUUCAUUCUUUUUAUGGAGUCAGUUCCCUAUAAUAGUUAAUCAAUCGCAUUUCUUUAGAUACAGACAGAAUUUUCCUACCAGAACAUCCAAGCCAAACAACAUUAACAGUGAAACAGCAACAGUAAUAAUAAACACAACUCCCGUCCAACUCUGUUGGCGGAGGUAAUAAUAAUAACUAUUAUUAUGUUAUUAAUAAUAAUAAUACAUUUAUAAUGUGUGUGUGUGUAACAUAAAUGAUAUGUGUGUCCUAGAACAACUUUGUGUGGGUUUAAAGGUGUGGGGAGGUGAUGGAAUGCAGCUUCUUUGAUAUCUGUCUGUCAGUCGUAGACAGUUGUGUCCCUUCCUUAGUGUUCGUAUGUCUGUGAGUGUCUGUGUGGUAUAUAGCCUAAUCAAACUGUUAAUAAGUGGAAUAUCUGAACUGUAGGGCUUCCUUUGCAAUAUGCAGCGCAGGUACUAUGAGAAGCAGCUCUCCAAACCUUUUGGGCGAAUACGGCACCCGUAACAUUUGUUCCGAGAUUUUACGAAAGCCUGGGUCAAGUACCGUUGUACUUCAUCGCACCCGUUUGGAGAAGUUCUAUCCAGCAUUUUUUAAAUUUCACAUAAUUGCUACUAGAUUGCUGAUCCCUGUGGAGUCAGCUGAAGUGAAGUCAAGUGAUGAACAUGUGAGACCUGGAGAGAUAUUCUGGUUUCUCCUCAUCUUGAAAAUAUAUAUUAUAUUAACUACACAUGAGAAUAUAGUGAGUCCUCAGUAAAAGUAGCACAUUAUUUAACAUUUGAUUGGGCCUGUCUCCUAUGGUGUGCAUAUAAGCCUAAACUGUAUGGUUCCUGUUUGUAGCUGUUGUUGCCAGGAUGGCAAUAUUGCUGCAUGCUAGUGCUAUAUUUGUCUCUACACAGCACGUGGAGGGUAAUCUCAUGCCUUAACAGACAAUGCACUAAAUAGAAUAUGUAAGCAACUGCCGAGAUCUCUUUCCAACAGUACUGCCACAUGUAUGGCACACAGCUCAUGGUGUUGGUGUUUGUUGUCUGUUCAGUACCAAGUUUAAACACUGCCAAACUAACAUCGUCACUUCUUUGAAAGCGAAGGCAGAGACAUUAAAUUGAAUUGUUUCAGUGUAACGUGUGUAUUCAGUAAUCUAGCAUUCCUUCAUGGCACCUAAAUUUUACAUAUUUUGUGUAAACACAUAUAUCAAAUGCACUAUUGACUGUAGCUAGAUGAGUACAACCAGCUUUGUGGUAUCAUUGGUCUAAAUAGUAGGUUAAGUAGCUUGAUGUUGGUUUUUUGAAAUAUUUGAUUUCAAAAUUACACUAUCAAACGUUUCUCUCUUUUUCUUUUUCUUUUUCUUUUUUUUUUGGAAUAACAAAAGUAGCCAAUCUCAACGUUAUCCGGAUGAGGGCUAAUAACUCGUCCCAUCGUCAGUUGACUUAUUGUAUCAUAAGGUGUUUGAUAGCAGACCAGGCUUGGAAGGGGAAGAACCUUCUCUCCAGUGUGUCAUAACGUGCUAUAGCAUACCCAGGCUUUUUAACCCCCCCUCCCCGGCUCCUUCCCCUGUUGCAUUAGCAUCACACGCUCUUCACUGUCCAUAGUUAUAUAUUCCUUAUACUGCUUCAGCUACUCGUGGUGGUGCUUAAUUCUCUUUUCUCAGUGUUGCAGAAAAAGUUGGUUGAAAAAUUGUUGAAAAGUUGCAACAUUAUCCAGAAAAUAAGUCCUUAUCUCAAUCGUGCUUCUUCUAGUUGUUAGUUUGAAAAAAAAAAAGAGAAAAAAGUCUAGACUUUCUGUUUGCAAAGUGUUCGCAUAUUUUCCAGAACAAAACAUAUUGAAAACGUAGAUAAUAGCCUUGAGCCUGCAGCUGUUUGUAUUGUGUUUCAAAUAUAUUACUGUUCAUGUUUUGUUUAUAGUGUAGAGACACAGGGUCUACAGUACGUUGUUGUCCUUCUUGCAGUAUGUUUAAUUCAUCGUUAUACUUCUUUAUUUCAGACUUCCUCCUGCUUCUUUUGUUUCAUUUUUUUUAUGGUGAUCAUAGUGGUGUUGUUUAUACAUACAUAGCUUCACGCAGCUGGAUAAAGGAUAGUCAGUUAUUGAGUCAUAUUUCACAGUGUACUAUAUAUGCUUUUAUGCUUUGCAUUGAGAUGAAAACAAGGAAAUGGAAGAUAGUAAUGGUGAGGGGUCGCGUUGAGUAAAGGAACAGGUUCAUUUUAUUCUGAUAAGCUUGCGUCUGUCUUCCUGUUCGUCUUUCAGUCUGUCUCCACACAUUUUUAAGUCAGAUCUUUUUUUAUUUACGCUUGAAUAAAGUCACAAACUUAAGAGUAGAAUACAGAAAACACAUGAAAACAUUCAGAUAAUACUUAACUGCAUCAUUUUUUUGUUUUGUUUUUGGUCUUCUACAGUACACAUAAGAGUGAAAUAGAUAACUUCUUACAAAUAUACUAUAUAUAUUUAAGUAUCACCAUCUCCACACAGAUGAAGAAUACAUUUUCAGAUAGUUUGAUAAAGACAUAAUUGCAGCUAGAGUAUACAGUACCUUGUGGGAUAUAGGGAAUAUGCCUAUCAAGUGCCUAUCAGUACAUACAGCAACUAUACAGAAUAUUCAUAGUUUUUCUCUCCUACAUUGCACAGAUACAGUAUAUACACAAUGGUCUAUGAAAAAUAUACUAUUUAUACUAUUACUGCUAAGACCUGGUGGUUGUGAGUACAUCCUAAGAGAACCCUUUAAAAUACCUGAAAUGUUCUAUUCAUAUACAGUAAAAGCUACAUCUGCAAGUUUUAUUUUUUAUCCUACAUUUAUACAGUUUGGAGGAUUCAAAGAUAUAAAAUACAAUCACAUUUUAAAUUAAAUAUAUACAGAUAGGUUGAGUGUUUUUUUUCUUUCACGUUGCUCCCUCUCAUUGCUGUUUGGCAUUUUAUACAUGCCAUUUUUUUAGUUUCAGUUUUUUGCCAUUUUGCAAACAAGCCAUAUACUGUACUGUAUGUUUGUGGGGGGAGAGGGCAGUGGCACUUUGUGAACAGCAGAGGGAGCCACACGUCAACUGGAAGAGGUGAAGCUAACACUGCCUGCCACAAUGAACAAAAACCCAGGUGGAAUAUUUGGAUUUUUAAAAAAAUCUUUAGGUAAAUAUUGCCGCUAUUCUAAAACAAUAACAUCUAUAAGCGUGGCAGAAGUUACCUCCACUGACAUUUACUGUAAGGCUGCAGGCUGUAGGAACUGGCAGCUGCUUUGAUAGAUUGUUUUUCUAAGUGUGUCCUUUGAUGACAGGCUCUUCCACAUGCACGCCAAUGCCUGAUCCCCACACAACGAUCAUUAAAGUUUUAUCUUAUCUGACAGCCUUGGUGUUUACGUGCAGCUUGAAAUUGUAAAGGGCAAGCAACGAGCAACGUGAAACAAAAAGAAAUUGGUCAUUUAGAUAUUCACAACAAAUGCAGUGCUUGGAGACGAAAUGGGAUUACAAAUUGAAAGUUUUGGCAACAGAGAAAAAAAAACCCUGCAGAGCAUUGAAAAUGUCUUUAAGUGGUUAGUUUAACAACAUGAAAACAAAAGUAAAAGAAAAUAUAGUAGAAUAAAAAUGAGAAAUCAAGUUUCGGGACUGAGUGGCUGCGAGAUAAAAGGUUCUGGGAUGUCUUAUUAUUCUGUCCCCUGUGGACUAAUUACCACAGUUUUCUCUGUAACCUUCUCCAGCCUAGUUACUGUGCCAAAUUUAGGAGAAAAAAGGCACUUUUUUAAAAUUGUCCCACUAUUGUUAAAUCAGAUGUGAGGGACCGAGCGGACACAAAGAAAAACAAAAGAAUCUUUUUGAAUGAGAAAUUUCUGCAUGCUAAAAACACAAUAUAUUACAACAAAGCAUGCAUCAUGCCAAAAACAAGUGAUUGCCUUUAUUUUGAAUCUUUAAAUCCUCCAUAAUACAUAGUUUUCAAGUAAAUAGGAGAAAAGAGCUAUGAUUAACAAAUGCACAUUUUGAAGGCUUAGUUUCAUAGACAUGUAAUGUUCAAACGAAGCAUUAAUAAUAUAGGCAAUGUGAUAUAGCUAGUCCCUGUCAUCCAGCCGUCACACUAUGACGCACACAAACAGCAUCUGUUCAGAUUUUACUGUCACACAUCCAGAUUCUGUUUUCAGUUUGAGCUUCUCACACACGCAGUGAAGCUGCCGCUCAGAUUUUUAAAGUACGACACAGCUCAACUAAGCUAUAACAUCUACAUUAUAUUCACUAUGACGCUUUCUCCAAACAUGCAGUUAUUACACUACCCUGAUGAGGUGUUUUAAUAAAUGCCAUCAUCGGGUAACUACCAUCCAUCAGUCCAAAUCAAGCAUGCAGUCCUGUCUGUCUACACAGCUUUUUGUUCCUGUUGGGGAGUACUUUGUUUUUUGAUGGAGCGCAAGCUAUAUUUUGAGUGUCCCUCGAAAACAGGCUUUCUGUGUCUUCUUUUUUAUCACAAUGAUGAGGAGACUUAGGCGCCAUUUAGCCUCUCAAGGCUAAACAUUGAGCCUCUUUGUGCUCUCGCUCGCUGUAGUCUGUCCUUUGGCGUAGUCCAGCUCGUUUUUAAGUGUAAAAAGACAUUCCUGUUCAAGUCCAGAACAUUCCAACUCCUAGUCUGGCAUUCAUUUCCCACACUUAACCAACCUGACAUUAAGAUUUUCCACCACUUAAUGGUUUUUUACAGAUCUGUUGGAUAUUCGGUCAUGUCGUAGCAAACAUUGCCCAUUACAUCAAAGUUUAGUAACAAUUUCCCUCGAAUAGAUCAGUUUUUUAAUCUCAUCUCGCUGUCGAAUCAAAUGUUGCCACAAAGUCUCAUAAGCUUUGAGCACAGCUUAUGCUUGUGUGGGGCCGGUUUUAUAGACAACAUGCACUAUGCUAUCACUCUGUUUCUCUAUGUAGUUUCAUAGUGCAGAGACGUUCAAUAAAAAUAAAAAUGAAAAAAAAAAAAACAGCAAAAAGAUGUUGGUCACUGUCUCAGCCAGCACGUAGUCUGCCAUAAAGGACAUGCAGACUUAGAUUCAAACUUUUAGCACUGUAAUGUUCCUAAAGAAGGCUGUUGGUGGUCAUUUGUAAAGCGGGGCCAUGCUAAUCAUUAGAAGUCAAAUGACACAAAAAAAACCUGUACUAGACAAUGUUUGUUUUCAUAAACCAAAGAAGGGUUAAAAUAAUUUAUGGAGAAAAUAACAUUUCUUUUCUAUGUGUGUGGGGGUUCCUAAACGAUUGGGCUAGAUUGCUACAGUUGUUUUUUUGUUUUUUUGUUUUUUUCUUCUCAUUGCCGGGUGCUUGUGAAAAUGCAUCUAUGUUUUUAUCACUUGAUCAGUUGUUUAUAGUUUUGUGGUUGUGUUCAUUUGCCUAUUGUAGACCAAAAUAGAAUUUUUUUAUAAGAAAUGCAACAAAACAUAAAAAUGAAUCUGACACAGUAGCUGUGAUGUAAACUAUCGCAUGUUAAAACAUGUAUAAGAUUGUAAGUGUUGCAUUGUUCCUAAAACACAUUGGUUAUGUCUUCUAUACACACAUCUAGCAAAUCAGUGUAGACCUGUUCACCUUCACAUUGGACUCUAUCGAUAAUAGUUUUGUGAUAGCAGUUUUCUUCAGAUAUUGGCGCUGUCUAAUAUUUCAAGGCUGUCCCUAAAAUACUAAUCCGACAUUGUGACUUUGAGUACAUUUAGCCAUUUAUACUUGAGACGGACCAAGAUGUUAAGUUUGCACAUAUUUGUAGGUUGUUUAUGAAGCCAAAAAAAAAAGAAAGAGAAUAAUGAUCCUUUCAGUCUCAGCAAUUCAAGUCAAAUCCAGCUGAGGUGUUCUGAUGAUCUUUACGCAAAUUAUUACAUGUUCACUGAGGGGAAAAAAAAGCAUCAGAGCCAGCCAUCACUUCACAAUGAAAAUAAAUUAAAAAACCAAACACGUAUUUAAAUAUCACAACGUGGUCCAAAUAUUUAUGAAAGUGAUUACAUAUAUUUUUGUAACAACACAUCACCUGCGAGAAUGUAAACCAUUAGGCUUAAAUUUGAUGAUAUUUUAUUACUGUGAGGUCGAAUUCAAGGUGAAUCUGCUGUAUAUUUUUCAUCCUGUGUGUUCAAAAUAAGAAAUUUAAUUACUGUAAUUCGGGCGAUGUUUUGUACCAGAAUUUCUCACACAUUGACAUUACAAAUCAGAAUUGAAAAUGAAAUGUGCCCUGAUAAAAGCAGCUUAGGUUGUUUUGUUUUAUUUUUUUUCAUCUGGCUUUCAGGCUUUUUGCUGCCAUAUCUUGUAUGUAGAUGCUUUUUGUAAACAUGCACUUGAGUUGAACUAUGAGAUGUGCUUAUAAAUAUGUGUAUAUUUUGUUAGGCUUCCUUUUGCCUACGUUAGCUUGAUAUUUUAUUAUUUCCCUAAACGAAAAAAAAAAAAAAAAGACUUCUCCUAUAUAGUUAUGAACUUGGCAGAAGUGGAGCUGUUGUAGUAAAGGUAGUUAACAUCACAACUAAGCAACCCUGAAAUAUAUGCUGCAGUAAUGUGUUUUCAGUUUGUUUUUGAUAAUUUAUGCUCCAAGUUGGUUUGUAUUUUAUUAUUAUUGUUAUGAAACAAGCUUGUUUGAAAUGUAUUUGACUGCUGUUUUGAAAGAGGGGAUACACUUUGUUUGUUUUUUUUUAAAUGUUAUGUGCAAGGACGUUUUUAUAAUAUGAUUUGUCAAACACUGGACUGGAGUGAGUUUUCCAACAUUUCCAAGUUGAGAGAUGUAUUUGACAGACAUAACUGCACAGACGACACCCGUUAGCACAGAUGCGAGCUGACAGACAAAGCACAUCCUCCCAGCUGUACAGGGGAGGGUGACGAACAUGGCCGCCAUCCUCCCGUUCAAAAUCGGAGUCAUUUAGAUGUAAGAAGUUAUGACAUUUCCUUUGUGCUGGUUAAUUGCAUUCAUUGGGUGAUGGGUUAUAUGUGAUAGGAAGUAUUUAUUAGGGUUUUUCCUUCCAAAUUGCUGCACGGCAUCUACUGGUGACAGGUUUUUGUGUUCUUUAAAAGAACGAGCAGCUCUCUUAAACAUUCAGAAGAAGGCGUAAAGGGAUACCACUUGACAGCUAUCCAGUUAUCAGAAUCACUUGGUAUGUUCUUGCUAUGGUAGAGCAGAUAUGACAGUCUCAUCAACCCAACCACCACUUCUCAAACCAGAAAAGAGAUUUGCACUAGACUUAUUUUGGUCUUCUUCUAUCAAAAGCAAUAUAAUUCACUCAACACAUUUUUGAACCAUAGUUGUCGCCCAUGCUGAGUAAAUGGUGAUAUUUGACAAGUUUUGAUUUGUUUUUUUAUUCAAAGGUACAGAAAUUGGUCGCUUUUCUAAAUGCACUUCCACAUAUUGUUGUUUGUAGCAGGGUUUUUUUGUUUUUGUUUUUGUUUAUACCCGGCAGUACCCCAGAGUAUUAGUGUCCAGAUUUGAGGGGCAUUAAAACUGUUGUUUCCUCCUGUGAUUGUUUUGGACAAAUCAAGCAGCUUUGAAAGUGAGAGACGGGGAUGUAUGAGGGAAGGAAUCAUUUCGCGUGAGUCAAAAUGUCGAUUGUCUUCAUCACACAGCUGAUGACACAUUUGCAGACAAACACUGAGAUACCAAAAGUUAAACCCAGCUGUCCACUGUCGUGCACAACUUUCCCUUAAAAACACUCGUCUUCUCUGCAUAUUUGGUCACUUUGAGUGCUUUUUAUUUCUGGGAUGUUUAAAAAGAAUGCUUUAAAGUAAUUAUUAGAGGAAAAAGAAAAUUCCAAAUGCACCUUUUUUGUCUUUAAACACAGCAUCAUUGGCUACGUGUGUAGAGAAUCUGUGUCCACCAAAAUGUAUCAUAUGUCAUCCUUUUUCAACGAGGUCACUCACAGCAGCAGUAAAAUUAUCGACCUUGACGUCAUUAUUUUGUUGAUGGAUAAGUGUAAAUUUUUGGAUAAUUCACAAACAGCAAAACUUCACCAUUUUAUCUGGAUGUAGUAGCUUUCCUGUUUUCACCGCUUUGUGGUGUUGUUGAAAGAUGUUGCGGUUUGUCUAAAUAUGUUGCGUGUUAGAGGAAGCAUAAGUAUGUGCCUUCUUGUAAUCUCCUUGGUGAGCUUGUUAUUAUUGAGAAGCUGAAGCCAGCCAAUUGUGUUUGCACUAAAACCAAAUUGCUUUUGUGAUGUAGACUAUUUAAGCAAGCUUGUUGCGUCACUUUAACCGUACAGUAUGCAUGAGAGUGAAAUUGGUAAGUCUAGGGCUAGAGCUCUCAUCUGUUGACCUGUAAACCAGUGCAGCUUAGAGGAUCUUGUGAAUAUAUCUUGGCUUAGUUUCGCAUUCAGUUUCCAAUUCCAUCUCCUUACUCAUCAAGUUUGUCACAGUUUCAACAGUUAAAAAAAAAAGCAAAACAAAAAUAGGAAAAAAAAAAAAUCAAAUAACACAUACCAUGAAUACAAUACAGCUUUUACUUUCACAUGCCACAGUUAGAGAGUUACACAACUGCAGUAGAGAUAUCCAUUUCUCUGAAUCCAUGGGAAUGCAUGAGUAUACGAGGUCGCCUCAAGACUAUUGGUCAAAUUGAUUUAGGUUGUUUUUUGAAAACUUGUAUUUAUUACAUAUUUUGUCGACAUCUAAGAAAGGCCUACAUGCUUUGAGUCUUACAAAUGCACCUUAUUCAUGUCAGUCCAUGUGGGGAAAAAAAAAAAGGCUGGCAAUGUAA